AACAGCCAAACGAUAAUUUCUUUCCAACUACGAACAAAUGAAUUCGAAAUGGGCUCAUCUACAUUUUUUUUUACAGUUCAUCAUCGCCGCUCUCUUGGCCGUUGCUGCCGCUGCUCCUUCCAGCUACUCAAAGGAUGCUUACACCACCGAGAAGCCCGUUAUCACCAUCGUGAGCCAAUCCGAUGUCCGUAAUCUCGAUGGCAGCAGCCAGUGGAGCUACGGUGGUUCUGAUGGAACCACCCGCGGUGAAUCCCAGGCCCAGAAGAAAUUCGUCGUCACUAAGGUCGAUGAUUACGGCAAGGAAACCAACGAGGAUGUUUACGGCAACACCAACAAGGGAGCUUCCUACUGGAUCUCCCCAGAAGGCGAGCGAUUCACUUUGACCUGGGCUGCCGAUGAGGCCGGUUUCGCUCCCAAGGGUGACCACUUGCCCGUUGCUCCCGUCCACGUUUACGAACUCCCAGUUGCUCCCGUUCACGAAUAUGUCCUCCCCGUUGCUCCCGUCCACAUCCCCUUCAACGGCAAAGGCUUCAAGAUCUACUAGAUUCUUUUCUUUUUUAACUGAUUUAGAUGUAUACAUAUAAAUUAUUUCCUAUACGUUCUUUCUCGGCAUAACAUUGAAUGUGUUGUUGCGAAUAAACACAGUAGAUGCAAAAGCA